UGGCACAACGACCUGGAAGAUGCAGGCCUGAACCCAAGGCUCCUCGUGCCUCACCGUCCAGAGGAGCCGGGAUCAGCCAGAGCUGGGUUAGAGUCCCUCCCUAACCGCAGGCCCUUGGACAUUUGACUUAACCUCUCUGAGCCUCCAUACAUCUGGGUCAAUAACACCCACUUCAUAGGGUCAUUAAUACCAAGAUCUAACCUCGUCGGGUGCUUGGGGAGAGCCGAAAACUCUACUGCCUUCAGCUCAUUUCAUCCACAGAGCGCCGUGGGUUACGUAUUAUUUCCCCCCAUUUUGCAGUUGAGGAGACCGAGCUGGGAAACGUUAAAGUAACACAGCCAGGAGAUGUCAGAGCCAGAAUUCAGCCCCAAACCUUUCUGACUCCAGAGCCCUGGUUCUCAACCGCCGUGUUAAACGAACUAAUCUAUGUAAAGUGCCCGCCACAAAGCAGAAGCUGGAUAAAUGGCUGCCCCGAUGGGGCGUGGCAAGGAAUGAGCAGGCCCCGCCCCAGCGGACAAGGAUGGAGAGCCGUACCCAGGAGGGCAAGAAGCGAUGCCCACCCAUCCCCACGUAGAAUGACCGUCCCCGGAGGGCGGUUCCCCAGGCCCUGGCAAGGCUGCUGACCCUCGGCCUGCGAACCGCUAAGAGUAGGACUCCAGACUCUCCUGGCGGAUGGUUCCCUACCCUACGGCUCCAUCAUGAGGCUCCUCGUGGCCCCCCUUUUGCUGGCGUGGGUGGCCGGUGCCGCCGCCGCCGUGCCCGUGGUACCCUGGCGUGUGCCCUGCCCCCCUCAGUGCGCCUGCCAGAUCCGGCCCUGGUAUACGCCCCGGUCAUCCUACCGUGAGGCCACCACCGUGGACUGCAAUGACCUGUUCCUGACGGCGGUGCCCCCCGGGCUGCCCGCGGGCACGCAGACCUUACUGCUGCAGAGCAACAGCAUCGUCCGCGUGGACCAGAGUGAGCUCAACUACCUGGCCAACCUCACAGAGCUGGACCUGUCCCAGAACAGCUUUUCGGACGCUCGGGACUGUGAUUUGCGCGCCCUGCCCCAGCUGCUGAGCCUGCACCUGGAGGAGAACCAGCUGAGCCGGCUGGAGGACCACAGCUUUGCGGGGCUCGCCAGCCUGCAGGAGCUCUAUCUCAACCACAACCAGCUCUACCGCAUCGCCCCCAGGGCCUUUGCCGGCCUCGGCAACCUGCUGAGGCUGCACCUCAACUCCAACCUGCUGAGGGCCGUUGACGGCCGCUGGUUUGAGAUGCUGCCCAACCUGGAGAUCCUCAUGAUUGGCGGCAACAAGGUAGACGCCAUCCUGGACAUGAACUUCCGGCCCCUGGCCAACCUGCGCAGCCUGGUGCUGGCAGGCAUGAACCUUCGGGAGAUCUCCGACUACGCCCUGGAGGGGCUGCAAAGCCUGGAGAGCCUCUCCUUCUAUGACAACCAGCUGGCCCAGGUGCCCAGGCGGGCCUUGGAGCAGGUGCCCGGGCUCAAGUUCUUAGACCUGAACAAGAACCCGCUCCAGCGGGUGGGGCCUGGGGACUUUGCCAACAUGCUGCACCUCAAGGAGCUGGGUCUCAACAACAUGGAGGAGCUGGUUUCCAUCGACAAGUUCGCCCUGGUCAACCUCCCCGAGCUGACCAAGCUGGACAUCACCAACAACCCCCGGCUGUCCUUCAUCCACCCCCGCGCCUUCCACCACCUGCCCCAGAUGGAGACCCUCAUGCUCAACAACAACGCUCUCAGUGCCUUGCACCAGCAGACGGUGGAGUCCCUGCCCAACCUGCAGGAGGUGGGUCUCCAUGGCAACCCCAUCCGCUGCGAUUGCGUCAUCCGCUGGGCCAACGCCACGGGCACCCGCGUCCGCUUCAUCGAGCCGCAGUCCACCCUGUGCGCCGAGCCGCCCGACCUCCAGCGCCGCCCAGUCCGCGAGGUGCCCUUCCGGGAGAUGACGGACCACUGCCUGCCCCUCAUCUCCCCCCGCAGCUUCCCCCCCAGCCUCCAGGUGGCCAGCGGAGAGAGCCUGGUGCUACACUGCCGGGCACUGGCUGAACCGGAACCCGAGAUCUACUGGGUCACGCCAGCCGGGGUUCGACUGACGCCUGCCCGUGCCGGCAGGAAGUACCGGGUGUACCCCGAGGGGACCCUGGAGCUGCGGAGGGUGACGGCAGAAGAGACAGGCCUGUACACCUGUGUGGCCCAGAACCUGGUGGGGGCUGACAGUAAGACGGUUAACGUGGUCGUCGGCCGGGCCCCCCCACAGCCGGGCCAGGACAAGGGAUGGGGGCUGGAGCUCCGGGUGCAGGAGGCCCACCCUUACCACAUCCUGCUGUCUUGGGUCCCCCCACCCAACACAGUCUCUACCAACCUCACCUGGUCCAGCGCCUCCUCCCCCCGGGGCCAGGGGGCCCCUGCUCUGGCCCGCCUGCCGAGGGGAACCCACAGCUACAACAUCACCCGCCUCCUUCAGGCCACGGAGUACUGGGCCUGCCUGCAAGUGGCCUUUGCCGAUGCCCACACCCAGCUGGCAUGUGUAUGGACCAGGACUAAAGAGGCCGCUCCUUGCCGCAGAGCCUUAGGGGACCGACCAGGGCUCAUAGCCAUCCUGGCUCUGGCUGUCCUCCUGCUGGCAGCCGGGCUAGCCGCCCACCUUGGCGGUGGUCAGCCCAGGCAGGGGGCGGGUGGGCGGCCUCUCCUUCCGGCCUGGGCUUUCUGGGGCUGGGGGAGUGCCCCCUCCGUUCGAGUGGUAUCCGUGCCCCUUGUCCUGCCCUGGAACCCUGGAAGGAAGCCGUCCCGGUCUUCGGAAGGGGAAACGCUAUCACCACUAUUGCUACAAAAUUCCUGAAGCUCGGCCCGCUCUCAGCAGUAGACAAAUAACGAGGACUACUUUUUACCAAAAGGGAAGCGAUCUGGGCCAGAUGCCCUGCCAGGAAAGUGACAUGGACCCGCGUGCUUGAGGCCUGGCAGCUGGACCAAGACAGACGGGCUUUGUAGCCUCAGGGGGGCGCUCCCACCGCCUCCAAAAAGUUGCCCUUACCUUCCGGGAGCCUGUCCGCUGACAUUCUGACGGGCAUCUCCAAGGGACAGGAGGGACUCUGGCGAGAGCCUCCUCCCACCCCCCCCCCCCCGUUGUCUGUGUGCCCAGAGGCUCCCGAGCUUCUGCUUGGAUGUCCCCUGCCUGUGUCCCCAGGCCCUUGGCCCACAGGAUGCGCCCCCUCCUCUUCUCUUUCUUUGCACAGUCUCAGUGGCUUGCUCUUUCCCCUCCUGGGCAAGGGCUGAGGGAGGCCUCUCCUCCCCACCAUGGGGUGACCGCUCCCAAAGUGGGUCCCUGGUCGGAUCUGAAGGACAUCUGGGGAGAGGGAUGCCCAGGAACGCCUGAUCUUGGCAGCCGGUUUGGCACUCUGAGGUUGACUUUCUAUAGGCAAUUUUGUACCUUUGUGGAGAAACGUGUCACCUCCCCACAACCCAGUUCACUCUUUUCUCCUGUUUUGUAAAAAAUAAAAAUAAACAAGAAUAACAAUAGUAAGGGGGGAAAGGAAACCAAGGGAGGAUAAUCUUUGAAUACUAAGUGUAACUGAAAAGCUC